GUUUUUCUUUUUUCUAUUUAUCCUCCUUAUCAUGAAACUUUGCAGUCUUUCUUGGCCGAGGAUCUUUUUACUCAUCUUUGUUUUCUUUACCAUCAACUGCGUUUAUUGGAUAUUUCAUCGGAAUGCAUAUUACAACUGUGAACAAGAUGGCUCCUGCGACUCCAAUAACAAGCAACCCAUAAACCAAGAUAAGGACACAGGCGCUCGUCCGCAACCACCAAAUGAUAUACCCGCCGGUCAACCACACGCUCCUCAGGGCAUGCCUCCGGUUCCUGUUCAUCCUACCGUUCCUCAAUUCGUUCCACCGCCAGAAGCCAAGCUGGAGGAUAUGGUUCAAUUUGACCAUCAUGUUAAAUAUCAACCUAUCACUUUUAAACCAGCUUCGCAUCCACAGUCUGCUGAAGAUCUCGAUCAAGUGUCACCAACGGUCGGUGACACCACAGUCCGAUUGAACCGUGAACAACAAUUGGCACAUGCCAAACCAAAUGAUGUGUGGCAAAUUGGCAUUGUGAACACCAAACCUGACGUUUUUAUCGCUACGGAAGGUCACAUUGUCGACAUCAAUAACCACUAUGCUCGUGAACACCGCAUCUACACUUUGAUGAAAUGGAUUUUGCGCGUUCAUCGUCGUGAUGCGGAUCGAAAACAACCUCUCGUUAUGGUUGAUGCAGGUUCGAACCAUGGUCUUUUUUCCAUGGUGGCCGGCACUAGCGGCGCGCAUACGAUCGCUUUUGAACCUCAAACCCACCUGAGAAGUAAGUAUAAACUUUAAAAUAUAAAUAACUCCUCCUAUUUUAGUAUAUGAUUUACUUUGAGGGCUUUUUUUUUCUUUAUUUUUCAAGUCAUUAUGGAUUUUCUUAUUCCGUUGGAAAGAUUUGACGCUAAAU